GGCAGGAAGGAAAGAGGGAAGCAGGACUGGACAGGGUAAGAGAAGAGCACAAGUGCAAAGCCGGCAGGAUUAACAACAGAAUCAGGGAGAGGAAGACAACCAAAGUGAAACACAGCGAAUGCAAGACUGGCAGGACCAGGCAUCACCUGCAGGACCAACACCACUAAACAUCCGCAGCAGGCCUGACAGCGCCAGGAAUCACAGGUGUCUUCUCCAUUUUUACCAUGCCUGCCUCCUUCAUGUUCAUUAUCUGGUGCCUUGUCCUCAGUUUCCACGAUGGCCUUUCAUCCCCUGCAAUGGAGAAGCCCACUGUUCGCCCUAUUUACAGUAAGAGGCCAUUUGUGGUAGGCUGGAAUGCACCCACACAGGAAUGUCCUCCUAGGCACAAUGUGCCUUUCGAUCUACGACUUUUUGAUUUCAGUGCUUCUCCAAAUGAGGGCUUUGUGGACCAGAGGCUCACCAUCUUCUACAAAGAACGUCUUGGACUAUACCCUUACUAUGAUGAACAUAAUACGUCAGUCUAUGGUGGUGUCCCCCAGAAUGCCAGCAUCAGCAACCACCUGACCUGGAUGCAGGAAGGGUUAAAGAAAUAUAUAAACAAAACUGUAGAUCAGGAAGGUCUGGCUGUCAUUGACUGGGAGGACUGGCGCCCCAUUUGGUUAAGAAAUUGGAAUGCCAAGGAUAUAUACAGGCAGUCGUCACGGAAACUGGUGGCUGCUCAACACCCUACCUGGCCAACAGAAGAGGUGAAUAAGCAAGCCCAAUAUGAGUUUGAGACCGCCGCUCGUAACUUCAUGGAACAAACAUUACAACACGCCAGGAGCUUCCGGCCCCACCAGUUUUGGGGCUUCUAUCUGUUUCCAGAUUGCUACAACCAUAACUACCAGAUGAACUGGGACAGCUACACAGGGAAAUGUCCAGAUGUGGAGAGUUCACGUAAUGACCAGCUGUACUGGUUGUGGGAGGCCAGCACCGCACUCUUCCCAUCCAUCUACCUAGAAUCCUCUCUGGCCUCCAGUAAUCAGUGUCGCUUGUUUGUGCACUUCCGGGUGAAGGAGGCCAUGAGGAUCGCAAACAAACAUCACAAAGACUACGCCCUGCCUGUCUACGUGUAUUCCCGACCCACUUACAUUAAGAAUCUGGACACCCUGUCCCAGAUGGAUUUAAUCUCUACCAUUGGGGAGAGCGCUGCACAGGGGGCCGCUGGUGUCAUCUUUUGGGGUGAUGCCGAGUAUGCAAAGAACACGGAGUCUUGUAUGAAGGUGAAGUCGUAUCUGGAAGGAAGUUUUGGUGAAUACAUUGUUAACGUCACAACUGCCGCGGAGCUCUGCAGCCAUUUUCUGUGUGGCGGGAAUGGCCGUUGCCUAAGACAAGACAAUAAGACUGAUACCUUCUUGCACCUUAACCCAGCCAGCUUCCGUAUAGUAAACUCAAACCCUAUAUGGGCGGAGGGUCGGCUCUCAGAGGAAGACAAGCGCUACCUGAGUACACAUUUCCGCUGCCAGUGUUAUGUGGACUGGUAUGGCGACAACUGUGGGACACAAAGAAGUACAGGGAACCACGCAGGAGCCAUCGGGUUCGCUGGGGGCCACAUUCUGCUGUGGUCAUUGCUGGCCUUAUUCAUCUUGCUGCUCUGAGGCUGGAAUUCCACUUGUUUUUUUUUUUUUUUUUUUGGGACAAAACGCCAAGAAAAACGCUAAUUCUGCCGCAUGGCGUUUUUUCGGCCAAAAACCGCUCGGCCAGAUGUUGGCUCUUUAAAUCAAUGAAAAAAAGUCAAAAUUAUUUUUCCACUUUGCGUUUUUCAGUUUGCUAUUUUUUAUUUUAUCCUUUUGGCGUUUUUUCACUCUUUUUCAGCUCCUUGGCUGUUUUGCAAAAUCGCAGCAUGUUAAGCCUAUGGUAUUUUUUUUCCCCCUGAAAUCGUGGCGUUUUUCUCCCAUAGAAAUCUAUGGGAAUAAAAAAAACGCCUAGAAAAAUGUCAUGUGGGUUUUAACUUUUGCAGACGGUUUUUAUUAUUUUUUUGCGAUCCAAAAACGUGAUUGAGAUCAUUUUUUAUUUUUUAUUUUUUUUUUUUUUUAAAUAAAAUUUCGUAGGGUACCAUAAAAAAAAUCUAUAAAAAAGAUACUGUAGUGAGGGGGAAAAAAAAUUGUAUUUAACAAAAUUUAUCUUUAUUAAAAUGACAUUUUUAUACAUUUUUAAACAGGGAUCAAUUUAUGUGCGCCGGUAGGGCACUUAAAAUGUAGCCGACAAUAAUAAAAAUAUAGUGUGUGUGUUUUUCACUUUUUAUUCUAUAUUUUAUACAUUUUUUAGGUAGUACUACUACUACUCUCAGCAUGGAACACACUGUUCCAUGAUGAGAGUAGUAGUACCUGUACUAAUAGACAGAUCGCCCCGGCUCCAUUGUUAUCCUUCUGUAUAAUGUAUAGAUGCGGCCGGCCACUCUUCUAUAGUCCCCUGCACUGACGUGUGUAUGUA